CGUGCCCCGGCCCCGGCUUCCCGGGCCAUGCGGCCUCGGCCCCGCCGGCGCCUGCCGCGCACCGGAGGAGAUGAGGCUCCGCAAUGGCACCUUCCUGACGCUGCUGCUGCUCUGCCUGUGCGCCUUCCUCUCGCUCUCCUGGUACGCGGCCCUCGGCGGCGAGAAAGGCGAUGUGGUGGACGUGUACCAGCGGGAGUUCCUGGCGCUGCGAGACCGGUUACACGCUGCUGAGCAAGAGAGCCUCAAGCGCUCCAAGGAGCUCAACCUGGUGCUAGAUGAGAUCAAGAGGGCCGUGUCAGAGAGGCAGGCGCUGCGGGACAGAGACAGCAACCGCACCUGGGGCCGACUAACCGAGGACCCACGCCUGAAACUGUGGAACAUCUCGCACAAGCACGUGCUGCACCUGCCCACUGUCUUCCACCACCUGCCGCACCUGCUGGCCAAGGAAAGCAGCCUGCAGCCUGCCGUGCGUGUGGGCCAGGGCCGUACUGGAGUGUCGGUGGUGAUGGGCAUCCCCAGCGUGCGGCGCGAGGUGCACUCCUACCUGACGGACACAUUGCACUCACUCAUCUCUGAGCUGAGUCCGCAGGAGAAGGAGGAUUCAGUCAUCGUGGUGCUGAUUGCUGAGACUGACCCACAGUACACCUCAGUGGUGACGGAAAACAUCAAGGCCUUGUUCCCCACGGAGAUCCAUUCUGGGCUCCUGGAGGUCAUCUCCCCUUCCCCCCACUUCUACCCUGACUUCUCCCGACUCCGAGAGUCCUUUGGGGAUCCCAAGGAGAGAGUCAGGUGGAGGACCAAACAGAACCUCGAUUACUGCUUCCUUAUGAUGUACGCACAGUCCAAAGGCAUCUACUAUGUACAGCUGGAGGAUGACAUAGUGGCCAAGCCUAACUACCUGAGCACCAUGAAGAACUUCGCACUCCAGCAGCCCUCCGAGGACUGGAUGAUCCUGGAAUUCUCCCAGCUGGGCUUCAUUGGGAAGAUGUUCAAGUCGCUGGACCUGAGCCUGAUUGUGGAGUUUAUCCUCAUGUUCUACCGGGACAAGCCCAUCGACUGGCUCCUGGACCAUAUUCUGUGGGUGAAGGUCUGCAACCCUGAGAAGGACGCGAAGCACUGUGACCGGCAGAAGGCCAACCUCCGCAUCCGCUUCAAGCCGUCCCUCUUCCAGCACGUGGGCACGCACUCCUCCCUGGCCGGCAAGAUUCAGAAACUGAAGGACAAGGACUUUGGGAAGCAGGCACUGCGGAAGGAACACGUGAACCCCCCUGCGGAAGUGAGCACGAGCCUCAAGACAUACCAGCACUUCACCCUGGAGAAGGCCUACCUGCGCGAGGAUUUCUUCUGGGCCUUCACACCUGCUGCAGGGGACUUCAUCCGCUUCCGCUUCUUCCAGCCACUGCGUCUUGAACGGUUCUUCUUCCGCAGUGGGAACAUCGAGCACCCAGAAGACAAGCUCUUCAACACCUCUGUGGAGGUGCUGCCCUUUGAUAGCCCACAGGCAGACAAAGAGACCCUGCAGGAGGGCCGCUCGGCGACUCUCCGGUACCCUCGGAGCCCUGACGGCUACCUCCAGAUAGGCUCCUUCUACAAAGGCGUGGCCGAGGGUGAGGUGGACCCUGCCUUCGGUCCCCUGGAAGCACUGCGCCUCUCCAUCCAGACAGACUCACCGGUGUGGGUCAUUCUGAGUGAGAUCUUCCUGAAAAAGGCUGACUAAGGGAGGGCUUCUGAGGACUGGCCCUGAAGCCCAGGAUGCCAGGGAUGUCUUCGCUGCUGUGCCCAGGGCCAGAGGUGGUCCACCCAGCCUGAGGGGUUGUUCCUGGUACCUCUCAGCAGCCUGGGGUCGCCGCUGGCCCGGACACCCCAGGAGCCGGUGCUGCCUGCCCGCCCGGCCGCAGGAGGAAGCGGUGGCCCCCACACUGUGCCUGAGGCUGGCCUGUGCCGCCCUGAACCGUUCGCAGCCGGCUGGCUUGAGCCAGGCCGUUUUGGAAGAGCGUUUUCCUGGGCGCCCGCUGUCUCCGGCGCGAACACUGGAAUGCAUAUACUACUUUAUGUGCUGUGUUUUUUAUUCUUGGAUACAUUUGAUUUUUUCACUUAAGUCCACAUAUACUUCUAUAAGAACGUGACUUGUAAUAAAGGGUUAACAAAG